AUGAAUAUUGGACAAGACUAUUUAGUUGAGAAUGCUGGAUAUAAAAACCAAGAUUUUAUAAUACAGACACCAGUCCUACAGGAGGAUAUUAGACUCACACCAGACCAACAGCAGGUAGUAUAUUUAUACCAGACACCAGUCCUACAGGAGGAUAUUAGACUCACACCGGACCAACAGCAGGUAGUAUAUUUAUACCAGACACCAGUCCUACAGGAGGAUAUUAGACUCACACCAGACCAACAGCAGGCAACUCUUGACUUCUUUGUACUGGGUGGUGCUAGGGUAUCACAGAUGACCAAAACCUAUCACGAUGUUGAAGCUGUCACAAGACUUCUGGAGGAGAAGGAGAAGGAUCUUGAGUUGGCAGCUAAGAUUGGGCAGGAACUCUUGGAGAGAAAUAGAACAUUAGAUGAUAAGGUGAACCGGCUUGAAGCUGAGCUGGCUAGUUACCAGGAGCUGAUAAUACAACUUAAACAUGAGGUGCAAGUAAAAACUGAUCUGCUCCAUGUGUACAGCUCCGACCUAGAGGAUAGUUCUCCCCUAGAACUCAGAUCUAUCAAUGUUGAGAUAUUACAGAGGAAAAUUCAAGAUCUUGAAGAAGAUAAUAGAACACUACAUGCGGAAGCAUCUAAGGUUUGUUCAUUCUUUAUUCAGAGGUCAAACUUUUUGAAUAGAAUCAGUUAAAAGAUGUAGUUCAAC